AUGGCGAACACGAUUCUAGACAUAUUCUAUUCUUUAUCCUCCUGUAUAUGCUGUUUUCCGAGCACUCCGCAACUGAAAAUCAACAGUCGGAGUUUCCGCAUGCUUCGGUUACUGGGCGAGGGCGGCUUCUCCUAUGUAUACCUCGUCCAAGACACUAGCGACAGCGCUCUCUAUGCGCUCAAGAAGAUCCGCUGCCCCUUUGGCCAGGAAUCGGUCUCACAGGCGCUCAAGGAAGUCGAAGCGUACACGCUCUUCGCACCACACCCGAAUAUAAUCGCCAGUAUCGACCAUGCCGUGCUCACGGACUCGACGACAAAGGUUUCGGGCAUUGGCGCAGAGGCGGGGAAUGGAGGCGCAAGCAAGACGGUCUACAUUCUGCUGCCAUACUACCGGCGGGGAAAUCUACAAGACAUGAUCAAUGCGAACUUGGUCAAUCAUACACGGUUCGGCGAGCGACGGCUGAUGAAGUUGAUGCUUGGGGUAUGCAAGGCCCUCAAAGCCAUGCACCAGUACCGCGUGCGGAACAGCGCCUCCCGCUCCGCCGCGCAGGCGAUCCGCGAUGAAGCCGCCAACGAGGACGCCGACGCCGCGCAGAGACGAGCAAGGACCACGAAGCGCACCAUGACGGCCUCAGCGCAGAACCAGGAAGAAAUCUCAGAAGAGCAGGAAGAACCCAUGCUGCAGCCAUCGGAUGAAGUCACGCGCGCGCAAGAGGGCGCUAGACCAGGGGAGACCCGCGCGUAUGCCCACCGGGACAUCAAGCCCGGGAAUAUAAUGAUCGACGAUGACGGACGGACGCCCAUCCUCAUGGACCUGGGCAGCCUGGCUCCCGCGCCCACGCCCAUCACCAGCCGGUCCUUGGCAAUUGCCGUGCAAGACACGGCGGCCGAACAUUCCACCAUGCCUUACCGCGCGCCGGAGCUCUUCGAUGUCAAGACAGGCAGUGUGAUUGACACCAAGGUCGAUAUUUGGUCGCUGGGCUGUACAAUGUACGCGUGCCUUGUAGGGAAAUCGCCCUUUGAGGCCCGCAGCGACGAGACCGGUGGGAGUCUGAGUAUCUGCGUGCUGGGCGGCGAUUGGAGGUGGCCGGACGAAGGCAACCAAAGUAAGGGGAAGGCCAAAGUGGGAAGUGCCCCGAGUCGCUCAAAUACGGCGCAGUCGGCAGCGAAUGGCGAUUCGAACAAGCCGCCCGAGGCGUCGUCUUCGGCGAGGAUAUACCCCCAUGCAGCUGCACGCGAUGUUGUCAGAAGGUGUCUACAGGUCGAACCGGCGGACAGGCCCGACGUGGAUGAACUGAUGACUUUGAUUGAUACGUGUCUGAGCGAACUGCCGGAGGACGACGAGGGCGGAGGGGCCGAUGCUGACAGAGAGCUGUGA